GUGUUACCAUUCCAAGGUUGAGGUAGCCAGAUCGAGUCGUGAUACGUACGUACGUACUCGUAUAUACACAUAGAAACACAAGUAUAUAUCAUAUAUAUUCCACCGCACAUUGGUUGCAAUCGCCGAAUCACCUGAAGCCUCCUCUCACAGAGUUCCAAUUCCGGCUCGACUCCCGUCCGAAACCUCGCUUCCCGCUCGACAAUGAGGACCUCUCUCGCCUGCCUUGCCGCUCUUGCGACACCCGCAGUCGCCCAAAAGGUCGUUUCCCUGAGCUUCGCGAGAGCCGGCCCCGAACACAAAUCCCUACGGAAACGCGCUGGUACCUAUUCCCAGGAACUGAACAACAACCUGACUGGUGGUGGUUAUUACGCCGACGUUGCCUUGGGUACACCGCCUCAGCCCGUCACCCUCAUCCUUGACACCGGCAGCAGCGAUGUUUGGGUCUUGGACACACACGCCGAUCUCUGUCAGUCGCAAGACCUUCAAUACUACUAUGGCACCUGCCUCGCUACCUAUAAUCCCGACAACAGCUCUACCUACGAGCUCGUUGACCGAGACGCUUUCAGCAUUCAGUACCUAGAUACCUCUGGUGCUGAGGGUGACUAUAUCAGAGACACCUUCCACGUCGGCGGCGCCAGCAUCAAGGCCUUGCAGGUCGGCCUGGCCGAGAACUCAACUAUCAACUCGGGUCUCCUCGGCAUAGGUUUUAGUACGAACGUUGCCGCCAGCGAUCCGUAUCCUAACAUUAUCGACUUGUUCGUUGAGCAAGAUUUGAUUGAUACUUCGGCAUACAGUCUGUACCUUGACGACCUUUUCGCUGAAACUGGCACUAUCCUAUUUGGAGGCAUUGACACCAGAAAGUUUAUUGGACAACUGAAAUCCGUUGACAUACUUCGUGACGCUCAAUCAAGGAUUUACUCAUCAUUUACCGUUGCGCUGAACUCCUUAACGAUUGGCAAGGGCUCCAACUCUGAGAGCUCAGAUUUACUUAGCGAACAAACGCCCGUCAUUCUUGAUUCCGGUACCACGCUGACAUACCUGCCACCGCGUGUCGCAAGACAGAUCUACCAGCAAUUCAACGCCUAUGACGAUACUGGUGUCACUGGUCUUGUAUAUGCUGAUUGCGGGCUUUUGAGCUCUGAAAGAGAUACGACUCUCAACUUCCAAUUUGGCGGCAGCAAUGGCCCGGUGAUCAAGGUCCCCAUGCGUGAGUUAGUCCUCGAUAACGUCAAGGGUUAUAUAGCUCUAGGGCUCGAGCUACCACGCGACAUCGGCUUCGAUGAUGUGUGCAGUUUCGGCAUCCAGUCGCUUCAGGGUAUCUACCUCCUUGGCGACACAUUCCUGCGCUCCGCUUACGUCGUGUACGAUUUGGAUCACAAGAAGAUUGCUCUAGCACAGGCCAAUCUCAAUUCCACGGAAACUAAUGUUAUGGAAAUCACCGCUGCUUCCGGUAUCCCGCUUGUGAGCGGCGUUGCCGCCCAAGAGACUCAUACCGCUGGUGGCAACAAUAAAGAUGAUGCAGGGAAUGGCUCAGGCUCAGGCUCAGGCACGGGCUCAGGCACAGAUGCCGACGACGAGUCCACGACUGACAACGCUGCUCCUCGAGCGCUGCCAGUGCUGAAUUGGGAAGCUACUGCUGUAGCAGUUGCUGCAUCUCUUUUCAGCCUGGUAGGCGCCGGUCUAUUCGUUCUUUAAAAGGGACGAUGUACGCAUUCUCCACCGUCUCUAGCUUUGCUUAUGUAUAUUGCAUCCUGUUGUGCCCGGAGUAUGACACAUUACAUUAUAGGGUGUGGCACAAGACACAACAAGACGCGAAUCGGGUCGCAUCUUAUGUUCAUAAAGAAAUUGCCAUGCCAUCAAGCAUAUAUAAUAUCACGAGAGUUACGGCCCGCUACCUUUGACGACUAGAAGGUGCAUAGUUCAACGAAUGGCAUUCACACAUUUCCACACAGCAUAUAUAUUUAGAAAGAG